UCUUCUGAUCACUGUUAUGGCCAGAAAGAAGUUGGAUCUGACAUACAUCACCAAUGACUCAAAGAGAAAGACAACCUUAAAGAAAAGGAAACAUGGUUUGAUCAAGAAAAUGAAUGAAAUUAGCACCCUUUGUGGGAUUGAGGCAUGUGCCAUAAUCUAUUCUCCAAAUGAUCCUCAGCCAGAGGUUUGGCCAUCUGAGCCAGAAGUACAAAGGGUGCUUUCCAAGUUCAUGGAAAUGUCUGAGCAGAAACAAUGCAGAAAGAUGUUGAAUCAGGAGAGCUUGUUGAAGCAAAUAAUCAUCAAAGGCCAACAGCAGUUGACAAGACAAAGGAAUGACAACAGGAAGAAAGAAAUGACUCAUCUCAUGUUUCAGUACUUGAAUGUUGGGAGGGUUUAUGACAAUCCCAGUUUGAUAGAUUUGAAUGAUCUCUCAUGGCUGAUUGAUCAGAACCUGAAUGAAAUAAAAAAGAAGAUGACUAUGAUCCAAAUCCAAGAAGGGGCACCAGUGACUGAAAAUGGAGGAGAACGUGGACACAUGCAUCAUGCUCAAGGGCUAGAGAACAGGACCGACACCAUUCAGAACCAAUAUUGAUUCGUGGAAUCCUUUUCAGUUGUUAAUGUCUAAAAAGCCUUUGGCCAAAACCAUGUCUCCUUUAAAGAGAGUUUCUAUGGUUUUUCUCAUUGGAACUAGCAAUUCUUAGCUUAAUGUCUUUCUUCGUACUAUGUUUUUAUUUUGGU